CGGUGGUCAGCCUCGGCUUCCCGUCAGCGGAGGGCGAGGCGGCGUGGACAGCGGUCCCGGUACUCCGCGCCCCGCCGCCUGCAGCCGCGCGCCCACCCGCCGCGCCCGAGCCCGCCGCUCCCCGCCUCAGUGCCCGCCGCCGCCGCGGCCCCGCGAGCGGCCCAGAUGCAGGCCAUCAAGUGUGUGGUGGUGGGGGACGGAGCUGUAGGUAAAACUUGCCUCCUGAUCAGUUACACAACCAACGCGUUUCCUGGAGAGUACAUCCCCACUGUCUUUGACAACUAUUCCGCCAAUGUCAUGGUAGAUGGAAAACCGGUGAAUCUGGGCUUAUGGGAUACAGCUGGACAAGAGGAUUAUGACAGAUUACGUCCCCUGUCGUAUCCACAAACAGUUGGAGAAACGUAUGGUAAGGAUUUAACCUCCAGGGGCAAAGACAAGCCGAUUGCCGAUGUAUUCUUAAUUUGCUUUUCUCUUGUGAGUCCUGCAUCAUUUGAAAAUGUUCGUGCAAAGUGGUACCCGGAAGUGCGACAUCAUUGUCCCAACACUCCCAUCAUCCUGGUGGGGACCAAACUUGACCUUAGGGAUGAUAAAGACACGAUCGAGAAACUGAAGGAGAAGAAGCUGACCCCCAUUACCUACCCACAGGGCUUGGCCAUGGCUAAAGAGAUUGGUGCUGUUAAAUACCUGGAGUGCUCAGCUCUCACACAGCGAGGCCUCAAGACAGUGUUUGAUGAAGCUAUUCGAGCGGUUCUCUGCCCACCUCCAGUCAAGAAGAGGAAGAGAAAAUGUCUGCUGCUGUAAUUGGGCACCUCCUGCCCUGUCCCCCUUGGAACCUUGGAUGCUUUGCUCAGAAAUGGUGGCACCUUCGCACUCGAUGCCAAGUUUUUGUUACAGAUUAGUUUUUCCAUAAAACCAUUUUGAACCAAUAAGUAAUUUUUAGGUUUUGUUUAAGUGUAAGAGUUCAAACUUUCACAUUCUAUUAAAAUAUAGCCCUAAAACAACAAGCUUUCUUAAAGCCUUAUUUUUCAAAGGCCCCUGUUCUUGCUCAGAUUAAGAGUUGCCAAAAUACUUGUGAACUAAGUUGCAUUGUGUGCUCAGAACACUAAGCACUAACCUGUGUCUUUAAGAAGAGUGCAGCUUCUCAGGUUAGGAGAUGCUUCAGGUAUGAAAUGCAGAACAGCCUCCUCUAUGAGAUGUUGCCAUUUAAUGCAUCGUUAUUUAUCAACCCGAACAGUGUACUGUAUUCAUAGUGGAAGGAGUGUAACAACUCAGCUCUUUGGAUCAAUCUUUCUUGAUUUUGUAGUAAGAUUUUUAAAAAACUUAGUGUAUUAACUUUUGCUGAGAUUCCGAACAGAACUCUGGCUCAUGUGUUCCCUCUGGUGAAGCCUUCUGCUCUAGCACUGGGCACACUUGGGUGCAGUGUUUGGAACACCUAAUGUGGUCAAAGGGUGAAGACAGUAUUUUGACAAAACAUGAAGAGAUUAAUUUACACUACAUUGUACACAUAAAAAUGUCACGGGUAAAGAUUUUAAAAGGUUGAUUUCUGUCAAAUACAGUAGGUGAAGAAGAGAGGUUGGUAUUAUCAGUGAGUGUUUUCCUAAGCUUUUUCUUUUUCUUAAAACUGCUAUCCCUCCAAAAUUGGGCAUUUAAUUCAUCUUCAGAACAGUCAUUCCCAUAGUUGCUUAGUGCUUUUCUAAUAGAACCCCUUCUUAAUGAGCAAUAUGCCUCCUUGUAUUAUAAAAUCUUCCUGAUAAUGCAUUAGCAUUUUUUUGUAGAUUAGUAAAAGUGCACUCCUGUUUUCACGUUGCUUUAUUCAAAGCUUCUAAGUGCUUUCCUUAGUUUUCUAGUAAUUAGGUGUAAAAAUCAUGUGUUGCAGCUUUACGGUUUUUAAAGUAUUUUAGAUAUUCUUAAACUAUGAACCUUAACGUCACUGUCUUGCCAGAUCACACUGCACCUUGACUAAUCCUGGCCCUCACUGCCUCACCCACGUGGACACGCUUCCUGUCAUCGCUCUGCCUGACCGUGUUCCUUUGGGUCUGUGAGGUUCUGUACACCCCGUGCUUGUGCUAAUCAAGUUCUGUACAGCUCACCCACUGGCAAGAACACAAGAUUGGACCUUUCAACCACUAGAACACAGUUUUUUAAAUUGACAGUUGCAGACUUGUGGUGUGUUUUUACACUGAUCUUUUGCUAAUGCAAUUAGCAGUAUGUUUUGCAUGUACGACUUAAUAAAUCCUUGAAUCACGA